AUGGUGGCGUUGUGGUACGUCCUGCUCGUGUGCUGGGCGUGGCCCCCCCCAUGUCAGACUUCCGGUGUUCCCUUCGUGGGAAGUCCCCAGGAGUGCGCACAGACUCCGUUCGUUCCCGGGUACAACCUGGGCGGAGAAGGCUUCGACAUCGUCACCAUGGAGAGGAAAGGCGCCUACGUCAUCGACACCGAAACCUGGAACUUGGGAAACGGGACCUGCAGGUUGUAUCAGAACAGCUACAUGAAAAACGAGAAGCAGAAGGUCCCGGCCGCCGUGUUGGACUGGAGGACCCUCCCCAAGUGCAGUCUGAAGGUUUCCAGUCUGAGCUACUAUUCUGCCGAGUCUGUGAUGAACGACUCCACCUCGUCUGUCUCCAACAACUGGAAAAUAGGCCUGGACAUCCAGAACAAGUUGAUCGGUGCUGGAAUAUGCCUGGGCGGCUCCCAUUCCAGGGAGUCCACCUUCGCCAGCCAGAAGUCAAAAGAAGACCGCUACGAGUUCUUCCGUCACUCCGUUCACUGUAACCUCUACAGAUACCGGCUGAAAGCAAAUCCUCCUUUGAGUCCAGAGUUUCAGGCGGCCAUCAACGCGCUUUCCUCCAGCUUCCCGGACAAACAGCUGCUGUAUCAGUCUCUGAUUGACACGUAUGGGACACAUUUCAUCACGCAGGUUUAUCUGGGAGGAGAAAUGAAGGCCACCACAGGUGUGCGGACCUGCCAGGCCAGCCUCAGUGGCGUGUCGGCAACGGAAAUCAAGGACUGUUUGUUCGUUGAGGCCUCGGUUCACUUCCCUGCUUCUGUUAGCAUUAAUUCGAUGACUGAGCACUGCAGGGCCAAGAAGGCCAAGCUAGGCCACGGCUCCAGUUUCAGCACGCUUUUUAAUGAGCGUAUCUCAGAGGUAAUCGGAGGAAACAUUGGAGAAUCUGACAUCCUCUUCCAAGGACAAUCCAGCAACGCUGCCAUCAACAAUUGGGUGGCCUCUCUCCGGACCACUCCCGACAUCAUCCAGUACACCCUGAACCCCCUGCACACCAUCCUGCCCAGCCAGCAUCCUGCCCGGGACAGGCUGAAGAGGGAGGUAGAGAAGCACAUCAUGAAGAACGCGGUGUCGACAAAAUGCUCCGAACCCUGUGCGAUCGGGAGAAAGUCCAGCAAAAGAGACCCGUGUGCCUGCGUCUGCCACAACAACCAGAACAUGAAGCCCAACUGCUGCCCGGCCGGGACAGGCUUCGCUACCUUGGAGGUGUUCAACCUGUAUGCGACGGACCUGUAUGGAGACAGGUUUACCCAGACGGACGGUUUAGUCCAGGUCGAUUACGGCAGCAGGAUAGCACGCACCAGCAUCAUUACCGAUGACGACAAUCCCCGCUGGCCGGAGACGUUUGACUUCGGAACCAUCCAGAUCACCAUGAAGGACCAGCUCACAUUCGAGGUUUACGAUUCCGACUCUUCCUGGAACAGCGAUCUGCUCGGACGCUGUUCGUUCGCACUGCGUAGCGGAGCCGUGAGCGACAGCUGCAUGUUCGAAUACGGCACCUUCUUCUUUUCUUACGCGGUGAAGUGUUCUCCCAGUCUGGGAGGUGACCGGUGUCAAGAGUACAUACCCUCCCCCAUGAGCUCCUCUCUGGCCAGCCAGUUCUACUCCAGAAACGGAGUCCUGGUGGGAGAGGGACUGGAGCGAUGAGGGAGUGAGAACCUCAUUCUGUUUUGUUUGGAGCAUUCACAUCUUUACAGAUGAUGCAUUUCUUUCCGAGAGCAUUCAUUUAACAUCUGCUGCUUAUCUUUCCUUUUUGUUUAUUAUCCAGGCUUGCAAUAAAGCAUCAGCAAAG